UCGCGCUUGGCUGUUUCCAAGGAAACCUACUGGCAAAUUUGAUAGCUAGAUAGUUGGCUAGCUCGUCGUCCUUGAACAAAAUAGUUCAAAUAUUAGGUAUAAUGGGGAUAGCACUAACUAGAGCGGCCCAGUGGACCACAGCAAGUUCGGGGACAGGCAAACUGGAGAUCACCCCAAUCAACGAGUCUCUGCUGAAAGAAAUAGCGCGGUUUGUGGAACAGUUCAGCGCCAGACACCCUCAGGAGGCUAAGCACGUGUUCAAACAGCCUCUGCAGUGGGCUACCUCGUUGGAGGCUUGCGAUUUCAAAACAGAGUAUGACAUCAGCGGCCCUACUGUGAAGUCGCAGGAAACAGACAUAGAUGGACAUCCUAUGUUGCAGCUCACCCCUCCGAGCAUUUCUGUGCGCAGCCUUAGUCAGCUCUCCAAAUUAGUAGAGCUAGCACAGGAAAAGAGGCUCAAAGAGGUCCGAGCUUGUCUGGAAGCCAACAGAGACCCUGUUGCAAAGAUGCUGGGGCCUAGCUUUGCCACCGUGGAGGGUGAGGACAGCUCCGUGCUGCGUCUCCUGGAGAAGGUGAGGGAGGGGGACCUGGCCAAGGAGACGGAGACUCAAGUGAGGCUACUCAUCCUACUGCAGCAACUGGACACGCAUCUCCUCAGCAACUCACUCAAACAGAUCUCUCAGGAGGUUAGACUCAGUCCUGCUGCAGUGAAGAAUGAUGUUGAGCUGCUGAAAAGCUUCUGCUGUGAUGGGGAGAAAAGGGUGUUGAAGGCAGUUCAGUACACAUCAGACUACGAGUUUGCCAACGGCUGUCGAACUCCUCCUUGGAGGCAGGUGCACGGAGAGAUCUGCUACCUGGUCAUACAGACGUGGGAUACACAGCCGCUGUACGUUACCUGCAGCACCGCUGGAGUCUUUCUCAACGGGGGCAUAAGGCCAGAAGCUGAGGAAAAUGCUUUUGACAGAACAAGUGAGGUUUACAAAGACCUGGUAACACUUUUGAAAAGCAUGUCUCCCCAUUUUGCUGUGAACAUCCACAAACAGGAUUUUGCCUUUCAAGAGGAACCUUCAUCGACACAAAAGAUCCAACAUAUGGAAUCGGUUGAUGCAGAGGAACAAGGCCAACCCCAGAGGUCUUACGAUCACCAGGAAAAGAAUGUGCAUGAGAAGGCGAGACAACAGCCUGUGCAGAACAAGCUGGGCGGCAAAAAGAAAUUAGAACCAUCUUUGAAAUGGAAGAACCUCGGUCUCGCAUCUCCUUAUGAGGAAACCAAUGGCCAGAAAUCCAAAAGGAGUGCUGUGGCUGUGAAGUCUGUGGGGACUCAGGAGAAGAUGCAGAAGAAGGCCAAUUUCUCAGUGUCCUCCCUACCAGGUCGGCAGUCGUCUAUCAAAACUAAGACCCCGGGAGGAGAAGGCACCGUCCGUGACUUCAGUGAGAGUUCAUCUGAGAGCGAGGAAGACGAGGAGCAGCCAGAGCGUCGAACAGAGAGUAACACAGACCUUCCCUCCGAGUACUGGCAGAUCCAGAAACUCGUCAAGUACCUCAAGGGAGGCAACCAGACGGCCACUGUGAUCGCUCUGUGCUCCAUGAGGGACUUUAAUUUAGCGCAGGAGACGUGCCAAUUGGCCAUCCGGGAUGUAGGUGGCCUUGAAGUCCUCAUCAACUUGCUGGAUACAGAAGAAAUCAAAUGCAAAAUUGGUUCUCUGAAGAUUCUGAAAGAGAUCAGUCGUAACGGACAGAUCCGCCGGGCCAUCGCUGACCUGGGGGGCCUGCAGACCAUGGUGAGGAUCUUGGACUCCCCAGACAAAAACCUGAAAUGCCUGGCCGCAGAGACCAUCGCCAACGUGGCCAAGUUCAGACGGGCCAGGAGGACAGUCAGACAGCACGGAGGCAUCAAGAGACUGGUGGAGUUACUGGACUGCGUGCCCGACUCGGCAGCCCUGACCGAGGAGCAGGAGACGGACGUGGAGGUGGCUCGCUGCGGGGCCCUGGCGCUCUGGAGCUGCAGUAAGAGCACCAGGAACAAGGAAGCCAUCCGCAGGGCCGGCGGCAUUCCUCUGCUGGCUCGUCUGCUCAAGUCUCCCCACGAGAACAUGCUGAUCCCGGUCGUGGGAACCCUUCAGGAGUGUGCCUCUGAGAGAAGUUACAGGAUUGCCAUCCAGACUGAGGGCAUGGUCGAGGACUUGGUGAAAAACCUCAGCCGCGACAACCAUGAACUACAGAUGCACUGCGCCAGUGCUAUCUUCAAGUGUGCAGAGGACCAGCGGACCCGUGACCUGGUGCGUCAGUACGGCGGCCUGCAGCCCCUGGUGUCUCUGCUGGGCCAGGCAGACAACAAGCAGCUCCUGGCCGCCACCACCGGGGCCAUCUGGAAGUGCUCCAUCAGCGUGGAGAACGUGGCUAAGUUCCAGGAACACAAGGCCUUGGAUACUCUGGUGGGUCUGUUGACAGACCAGCCUGAGGAGGUACUGGUGAAUGUGGUGGGGGCCCUGGGCGAGGGUGCCCAGACACCUGCCAAUAGUGCUAUCAUCCGGGAGUGUGGAGGCAUCCAGCCCCUGGUCAACCUGCUGACGGGAACCAACCAGGCUCUGCUGGUCAACGUCACCAAGGCAGUGGGAGCCUGCGCCACAGAGCCAGAGAACAUGACGAUCAUUGACCGCCUGGAUGGAGUGCGCCUUCUCUGGUCCCUGUUGAAAAACCCAAAUCCAGAUGUCCAGGCCAGUGCUGCGUGGGCCAUUUGUCCAUGCAUUGAAAAUGCAAAGGAUGCAGGGGAAAUGGUGCGCUCCUUUGUCGGCGGAUUAGAACUGAUUGUUAAUUUGCUGGAAUCAACAAACAAAGAGGUACUGGCCAGCGUGUGCGCCGCCAUAGCCAAAAUAGCCAAAGACGAAGAGAACCUGGCAGUAAUCACGGACCACGGGGUUGUAGCACUGCUGGCCAAGCUAACAAACACAACCGACGACACGCUGCGUCGUCACCUGGCAGAGGCCAUCGCCCGCUGCUGCUUGUGGGGUAGCAACAGGGUGUCCUUCGGGGAGGCCGGGGCUGUGGCCCCCCUGGUCCGCUACCUGAAGUCCAAGGACUCAUCUGUCCACCAGGCCACAGCUCAGGCCCUGUUCCAGCUCUCCAAGGACCCCAACAACUGCAUCACCAUGCACGAGAACCGAGUGGUCAAGCUCCUGCUAGGAAUGAUGGGCUCCACUGACGAGGUCCUCCAAGAGGCAUCUGCUGGCUGUGUGGCUAACAUCCGCCGCCUGGCACUGGCCAAUGAGAAGGCACAAUGUGGUUAACCUACUGCCACGACUCCCACCCACCCAUCCCCCCCGCCCCCCCCGUCAUCACCUCCCGAGUCUGUUUGACAUUGGCCUAAAUACAGCCUUCCAUCCAUAGACAUUUUACACAAUCCCUCCAUCCUUCCCUCACAGAAUUUAUGAGUGACUGAAAUCAGAUCUGAUGACUGAUGUAUUAAUGCCACAUCUGCCUUCUAUCCUGCCCCUUCAUCUGAACUUCAUACAAACAUAGUAAACUGUCUCACUCUU